AUGAAGGACUGGGAGCUCGAGGCGGCGCUGGCGGCGCUGGAUCCCUUCGCGCCGGAGACGGCGAACUACGAGCUCGAGCAGUACAGCACGUCGGCGCACCUCGCGGCGCAGAUCGUGCUCUGCGCGGCGCGGAGCUUCGGCGACGUCGAGGGCCAGGUCGUGCUGGACCUGGGCUGCGGCACGGGCAUCCUGAGCUGCGCCUGCGCCCUCGCGGGCGCGGCGCGCGUCGUCGGCGUCGACGUCGACGACACCGCGCUCGCGGCGGCCGCGGAGAACCUCGAGCGCUGCAGCUGCGAGGCCGACGUCGACCUCGUCCGCGGAGACGUGGACGCGGCGCCGCCCCUGCGCCUGGCCGCGGUCCCGGAUAUUUGUGUGAUGAACCCGCCCUUCGGCACGCGGAACGUCGGCGUCGACGCGCGCUUCGUCAGAUUCGCGCUCGGCCGCGUGUCCUCCGCGGUCUACUCGCUCCACAAGAGCUCGACGCGGGCCUACUUCGUCGACCGCGCGCCCGAGUGGGGCGCGUCGGCGCAAAUCGUCGCCGAGCUCAAGUUCGACCUGCCCAAGACCUACAAGUUCCACCGGGACGAGAGCCGCGACGUCCGCGUGGACCUCAUCCGCUUCGCCGUCGGCGGCGACGCGCUGCCGCCGCCGCCGCCGCCGCCGCCGCCGGGCCGGGGCAAGGGGGGCAAGGGCAAGGGGGGCGCGCGCGGCCGCGGCCGGGCGAAGGGCGACCAGCGGGGCCGCGGGCGGAGGCGAUGA